AUGAGCUGCGGGAUCUCCCAGGUUCCUCGGACCAAGCCACGCCCCUUAGCGACUGUUGCUAGGGCAGGACGGUGGGGGCGGGGCCGCAGCCAGGCUGGUGGGGGCUCCCGAGUUACGCUCAGCACGUGCGUGGGCGUCCCUCCGCCCCGAGGGAAGCCCUGGCGCGCACGGGAACGUGUAAAACCCCAGCCUAGGCGGCAAGCGGGGAGACUCGCUCCCGCCCUACCCAGAUCCCUGAGGCGGGCCCUGCGGGGUUGGCCCCCACCAGCCAGUGUGGCCCACGCCUCGACAAAAGGAAACGCCGUGGGAAAGGACCCUCUGAGCUCGAGGGGUUGCGGACUCUGGCACCCGCAGCGGGGCCCCGAGGGUCCGCCCGCCGCCGCCUGUCUGCCUGUCCUUCGCGCCCCCUCGAAGGGCGCGACUCGGGUUGGGGAGUCGCCAAGGCGCCCUGCCGGGUGGCCAGGAGCGGCCCCGCGGGCCGAACCUGCAGUGGGUGAGAUCCGGGACUGCAUGGGUGAGAUCUGGGCCGUGCGUACUGCACCGCUCUUCCUUGCGAGGACCGGACCCGGGCGACCCCACCCAGUACACAGCCGGCCACCGAUCCCCGCGUAGGGUCUCUAUCUCCCCACGAGUCUCGCCUGUUCCGUGGAGGGUCUGGGUCCUUCCGGGAGAAGCUGUUGCCCCCGGACCUGCUACCCGGCAGCCCUCGCUCCCUUGGGCCCGGCCAAGUCCAGCCGAACCCAUUCCCCUAGGCCGCAGCCCCCGAAAGCCAAGCGGGCGGACACCGCCCUCCGCAACACUCCCGGAAGCCCUGCCCAGCCGUGGCCCCUGACGGGCGGGUC